ACCGACGUUUCAGAGGUACUUCCUGCCUUUAUCAUCAGGGAGAUCAAACGUAGGUUGGCGAACUUGAUUUGUGAUGCUUUGUACUAACGUGUUGUGUUGUGAGUUCCGGAUUGCAGGUCGUCGCUUAUUGGUCAGGUGAUGAAUUUGAUACGAACGCGGUUAAUCUUUGUCAUUGAGAAAAGUUUGUGCAUUUGUAAAUUGUCAAUAUAAUGGACGAGUCAGAAGACUCUUUGGUUGUUAAUUCGAAGGAUGAUUCGUCAGGUAAAGAUGCGGAACAUAUUCAAGAAGAAAAUGAACAAGAAGAGGAAAAGUCAGAAAAGAUUUUGAGAUUGCCUUUCGCAAGAGUAAGACACAUAAUGAAAAUUGAUCCAGAUGUUCAUCACGCUAGUCAAGAAGCAGUAUUCCUCAUUACGAAGUCAACAGAACUUUUCAUAGAGUCCCUUGCUAAGGAAGCUUACGCACAUACAGCACAAGGCAAACGGAGAACUCUUCAAAAGAAAGAUUUAGACAGUGCAAUAGAGUCUGCAGAUUGCCUUGCCUUCUUAGAGGGAGUGCUUGAUACAUGAAUUUGAAGCACAUAAAAUGUCCAUGUUAUUGAUAACAAUGAAUACCUUGUCAUAAUUCAUAAUGGAAUAAUUUGUUGUUUUUUUCUAGACUAAUACAUAUUUGAAGUUGUGUAAAAUAAAAUAUAAUAAAGAUAUACA